UUCUCCAACAUGUCGGAGAAAAAUGAGACAGCGGAGAAAGACUUGAAAGAGAAACAAGUCGCUAGAAAUAAGAAAUCAACUAGUGCUGUUGUAAAGACCACUGGUGUUGCUGCGAAAACCGCAACUAACCAAGAUUCUAAGAUUCUAGAAUACUUGCAAAGUCUGAAUGAAAAACUGACGUCUAAUGAUGCCAAAUUAGACGUGUUAUCCUCUAGGAUAACGGAUAUUGAAGAAACUGUGAACAGGGACGUUUUACCUGGCACGUCUUUUGACUACGACUUUGACAACGAUAGUCGGUGUUCUGAUGCUAAGCGACCUCUUGAGAAUGAGGUAGAUCCCCAAAGCAAAUUUGCGGAUAUGGCCAAGCGGUUUAAAGGGGAAGACGUUGUGGGCCCUCCCUUGGAUGAAACACUGGCAGCAAAUAUUAAUGAUUUGUUUCGCCAGGGAUUGGAGGAGACUCAGUUUGAAAAGUUGACUGACAGUAUUGCUAGGCCAGACAAUUGCCAAGCACUUACCACCGUACGUUGCAAUAAGCUAAUUUGGAAGCUAUGCACACCGCAAAUCAGACACACAGACAGAACGCUGCAGACAGUGGGCACCUCUCUGGUGAAAGGCUCCAUACUUAUUGCACAAGCAGCAAGUAAGAUCGCUGAACUUGAUUUUUCUGGUUUUCAGUCAGGCUCGGAGUCAGAGUAUGACAUUCAAGGGGAAGCUAAUAGUGUAUUGGAUUUAUGCAAAGAUGCAUUGGCUCUCUUUGGACACUGUAAUCAACAGAUGUGUAUGAUCAGGAGAAAUUGCAUUAAGCCUGUCAUCAGUAAGGAGUACAGUCAUUUGUGUAAUCCUGCUGUACCAUUUACCACUGAACUGUUUGGCGAUGAUGUCUCACAAACGGCCAGAGAGUUGGAAUACUCAGCCAAAAUAGGCAAUAAAAUUCAAGGCAAAAGAGAGGUCUAUAAAGGAAACUAUAGACUCGGUAAAAACAAGACUUUUUAUACCGGGCAAGCCAAGUAUGCUGGAAAACAGCAAGGCAGGUACACUGAAAAGUUCUCAGGGUAUCAGACGACCCGUGGCAGUGAGCCAAAAAAGGGAGUUUGGCGCAAGGACCCAAAAUAAAUAGGCCUUAUAACAAGGUGUCUGCAGAAAAUAAAAACAGACAAAGCAAGAGCUCUUAUGGUGGUACCACUGUGGACAACACAAAUAUGGUGGCCAAUGUUGAUGCAAAUGCUGGUGAAAGCUCCUUUGAUUUUACCACCAGUGGAAGAAACUUUAAUGCUGCAGUUUUCAGAGAAAGUUCAUCCUCUAUCCAAUCAAAUGACCUUGAUUGCAUGCAAGUUAUCAGGAAGUCUUUUAGAGACCGUGGAUUUUCAGAACAAUCAAUCAACAUUUUUAUGGCAUCAUGGAGAGCAAAGACUAAAUGUCAGUACAAGACAUAUUUAUCAAAAUGGUUUCAGUUCUGUUGCGAACGGAGUAUUAAUUCAUUUUAUGUUUCUGUAAAUGAUGUUAUUGAGUUUUUGACUGAACUGUAUAACAAGGGCUUAGGAUAUAGUUCCUUGAACACAGCCAGGAGUGCCCUGUCAUCACUUGGAAUUUUACUGGAACAGUAUACAGCAGGAUCGCACCCACAAGUUAUCCGUUUUAUGAAAGGUGUAUUUAAUCUACGCCCAUCUACAAGUAGAUAUAUGGAUAUUUGGGAUGUUGAUCAAGUUUUAUGUUAUUUGCGCAAAUUGUCACCUGUGCGUAAUAUUAGUUUGAAAGACUUGACUUUGAAACUUGCUAUGCUUAUUGCAUUAGUAAAUGCUGCCAGGAUUCAGACUGUACACUUGUUGACUGUUAAGAAUUUUAAAAAGUUAACGUCUGAAUAUGUUUUCUGUUGUGAUGGUUUGAUUAAGCAAAGUAGACCAGGAGUUCAUUUUUCCAAAGUUCAUUUAAGAGCUUACCCUCCUGAUAGGAGACUCUGUGUGUACACUGUCAUGAAAGAGUACUUGAAACGUACUAAAAUGUUGAGAGACAGUAAAGAAAACAGGUUGUUGAUAAGUUUCAGAAAACCACAUAAAGCAGUGUCAAAGGACACUGUUGCACGGUGGAUUAAAGUGGUCUUAAUAAGAUCAGGAAUAGAUACUGUGAAGUAUGGUGCUCAUAGUGUGAGAGCAGCAACAACCUCUAAAGCUAAACUGAUGGAUGUCCCUCUUGCGGAUAUAAUGAAACAUGCUGGUUGGUCAAAUAAGAGUACAUUUACAAGAUUUUAUGACAAAGAAAUAGUCAAAAAUGACACAGUAGUGAAAGCUGUACUUGAAUUGGAUAAGCAAAGGUCUUAAGUCAGUUCAUUUAUUAACUGCUAGUACUUAUCUGUUUGAUAACCAAUAAAGUUUUCUUGUUCGAAUUUAAA